CCUUAAACUCCGCUUUUGUCAGGGUUAAAUGUUUGCCCAGGAUAAGAAGGUUUCUCCAUCUCCUUGGGUCCUUUUCUAAAGUUCUCAGAAACCAGAUCCUAGGAAGCCUGAAGGAAGCUUCCUAUGUGUAGCAGGAGAACGUGUCCAGAAGACUUCGGUAAAAAUGCUUCUCUAUAUAUUACUCUUUCUUGGCAUCAUCUCUCUGUGGUGGCACUGGAGGGCAAGAGACAGGAUGAAGGUUGAAAAUCUCACUGGAAAAUACAUAUUCAUCACUGGAUGUGACACAGGAUUUGGAAAUAUGGCAGCAAAGGUUUUUGAUAAAAAGGGAUUCCGUGUUUUUGCCAGUUGUCUGACUGAAGCAGGAGCCAAAGAGCUAAAAGCUGUGACCUCGAAGCAGCUUCAGACAGUGCUGCUAGAUGUAAGAGAUUCAGACAGUGUUAAGAAAGUGGCUGCAUGGGUCAAAGCUGAAGUUCAGUCAGAAGGUCUCUGGGGACUUGUCAAUAAUGCUGGGAUUAUGGGGCCAUCAGCUCCUACAGACUGGUUGGAUAUUGAGCACUUCAGAGAACCAAUUGAAGUUAACUUAAUCGGACUCAUAAAUGUUACAAUAAAUAUGCUUCCCUUGAUAAAAAAAGCAAAAGGAAGGAUAGUAAAUGUAUCCAGUGUUGGAGGCCGCCUAGCAUUCAGUGGUGGAGGCUAUUUUGCUUCAAAGUUUGGGGUAGAAGGAUUUAAUGACAGCUUAAGGAGAGAUAUGAAAGCUUUCGGAGUUAAGGUUUGUUGCAUUCAACCUGGACUGUUCAAAACAGCAUUAUCCGAUCCAGCAAGGGUUUUGAAAGAGAAGGAGGAUAUUUGGAAUAAGCUUCCCCCUGAUAUUAAAAAGCAAUAUGGAGAAGAGUAUUUUCAGAAAGAUGCAGCAAAGAAGGAAAAGCUGUCCAAGAUCUGUCUUAACAAGGACAUUUCACCAGUUGUUCAGUGCAUGGAACAUGCCUUAACAAGCCUCCACCCACGUGCCCAUUACGUUGUCGGGCAGGAUGCUAAGUUGUUUUGGAGUCCCCUCUCAAGAAUGCCAGCAGUUAUACAAGACUUCCUACUGCUACGGAACAGAGUAGAGCUUGCGUUUUCCCAUGCAAAGUAAAUAUUUGCUAAUAUAUCCCCCAUCACAGACAAGGCUGAUUCUAUAAGAUCUGCCCUUUAUACAUGAUACAAACAAUGCAUGAAAUAUACACACAUUCCCUAGAAAUGUAAUUAAUACAUCUAUUUGUCCAAUACCUGCUACUAUUAAAAAAUCCACUACAUUAUUUCAUUUUCCUUUAAGGUGCUCAGUUUGAGAACCCUUGAAGGCUUCACUUUUCACAAAGAUCCAUAAGACAAAAGUAUCCCAGGAAAAUAGGGAAGAUUCUGGCUUUAAGUCCCCAGCAGGAAGAGUUUGGUCAUGUCAGGCAGAGGAGGCAAUGGAAACAGGGCCUUCCUCUGAGAGAAGUGAACUCUUGCAAUGUAAACUAGGAAGAAAGGCAGAAAAUCCUCUUCCUGAUGCUGCUUUCUUUAGCAGUCAUCCCCAUUCAGUUUUGAGGCCAAGAAAACUGUGGUUGCCUUUCCUUCAUAGUCCUAACUGGAGAGAGAGCAAAAUAAAGUGCCUGAGUCAUUGAGCUGGUUGGGAUUCAUACACCUUCCUACUCACAGGACCUUGCAAGGCUUAGGUGAGGCAUUUUCCUGGUCAGCAUGCUAAAUCUUGAGGAUCUCUAAAGUUCAGCUCUACCCACCUGUUGUAAAGGAUCCAUAGCUACAAACGUAGACUGUGGAUCCAAUUACAGGGGCCCAAUACCCGCAGUUAAAGUAGUGAAGAGCUAAGGGGGCUUUUUAUUAAAAAAAAAAAAAAAAAAAAAAAAAAAAAGCUGAGCUUGCAAGACUUCAAGUCUGGGAGCUAUUUCUUGGCAUAAAAAUAAUAGCCCUGUGUUUUGUGAGAUGCUGAGUAAUUCCUGUGGAGAGGCGCUGCUCUUGUUCAAUUCCUGACACAAGUGCCUGUUAAGACCCAGCUCCACUGGAAUUAAUCAUGGCAAAGUGGUUGAGAACUGCAGAGACCCCACGUUGAGUCUGUAACUACACAUUGCUCAGGAAGCCAUUUCCCACUGCCAUGGAAACUAUUCAGUAAUGAAGCAAAUGCUUUCCUCAUGCUGGUGAAUUUGCUAUGACAUGAUCGAGCUACAGAGCAAGUUACCCAGUGGCUAUCCAAAUAGUGCUGGGUUUCAGUUUAGUUUCUAUGGAGCUUGCAAAACAUCAAUUCUACUUUUCUCAGUGCAGCUUAUGCUUAGGCUUUAGUGGGAUCAUUUGAUUUAUAUCUCAGUUAUCUGAAUAAGCAUCAUGGUUUAAUCCCAGCUGGCAAUUAAGCA